AUGAGCAUUUUUGAAUCUCAGAAUGCAAUUCAAGAAAUGCGUAACGCCAUAGGGAAAUAGGAAAAUCUAUAGAAUAUUUACAAGGAAGUGGCAAGUCCUUCUGAACAAUCCAAUUAGAGUUAUUUUUCGCCUAGUCAUAGUUAAAUGGUGGUCGAUAAAGAGAAGGUCUUGAUCAAUAAGUACAGCAAUCUGCUCACGACUCAACCGAUAGGGUAACCCUAAUUUCAUGAUCGUAGAAUGACUCAAGUCUGGAAGAGCAAUGGAUUAAUAAUAAUUACAAUGAUUAUACGAUUCCUGUAUACGUUGAAGUUGUAGACGGAAUCCAUGAAGUACAAACUCCUCAACAAGAGGAUCUUCGCUAUGAUUCAGGAUUUGUCGUCCGAUUACCUGAACAUUGUACGUCAUCGGAACAAUAAGUAUCAAAUUAAAGGGAGAUCAGAAUUGAGAGUUCAUUACUCCCUCUUUAAAAAGCAAUUGAGAGCCCUGCUUGAUUAUUAUGGCAGAUUCAUACCAAUCUUCCAGCCGGAUCAAAAACUCAUCAUAUAUUAUGAACUCUGUCUCAUGAUAUCGAUAACGGUGAAUCUAUUUUACGUUCCCAUCAACAUCAGUUUUCUGAACCAAGGAGUAUCAAUACCAUUCGACGCAAUGCCUACCAUCUUGCAACUCAUAUGGAUCUUCAUCUCGUUCAAUCUAUCAUUUUAUGAAGACUAAACAUUACAGAAGAAUAGAAUUAAAAUAGCUAGUAAUUAUCUUAAGAGUCAAUUUACAUUCGACUUCAUUAUCGUUCUUACACUCUACUUCUAAAUACUCUAUGGCUAUUUCGUGCCUCUGAUCUCCUUUGUAUUACGAAUUCCUAAAUUGAUAAGGUUGUUGGAUCAAUUCGAAUAUAACACUAAUUUCAAAGAGAAUCUAGCAGCCAUAAUAGACCUAAUGAAAUUGAUUGUCAUGCUCAUUUUCAUUAUCCAUUGUUGUGCCUGCAGUUGGCAUUUCUUGGGAGUCUAUGAGAAGGAGUACUCCAUCAUUGGGAAGAAUUGGUUGGACUAUUACGAUAUUGGCCAUUUGACUUGGAUUGAACAAUACAUUGCAUCUUUAUACUUUAGUGUGAUUACCACUCUGACUGUUGGCUAUGGGGACAUCACUCCUUAAUCAGCCUAUGAAUAACUAUUCGUCAUCUUUGUAGCCAUGAGUUUGUGUGGAAUGCUGGGAUACACUAUAACCAACAUAGGAGAAAUCUAUAGGUCAAUGAACGAAAAGAAGAGACAGUAUAAGACUCAAAUGAAGGCCAUAGAGCAAAUUAUUAGACAAAGAAAUCUCAAUGAUAAACUCUCCAUCAAAGUGAGAAAAUACUAUCAGCAUCUCUUUCAAUAAGAGUAGCAAGAGAACUCUCAAGGAGAACUACUACUCACUAAAUUGACUCGCAAUUUGGAAGAAGAAGUCAUGAUCGACACUUAUAAAACCACUCUCAUGAACUCCUAUUUGUUGAGACAAUUUAAGGAGUCCACCAUUGAGUAACUGUGCACCAAAGUUAGAGUCCAAAAAUUACAACCUGGAGUAGAACUUGUCAAAGCAUAGCAAUUUGCUGAUCAAUUGAUUUUUCUAUUGAGUGGAGAAUUAACCUUGCUUGGUCACAACUCCAGACAACCCAUCAUUCUUAAGCAACUUACUUAAGGUACUGUGAUCGGGGAACAGGAAUUCACUGAAUAAGGAUUCUAUGAUUACAUUGUGCUCAGUCAAGGAUAUAGUAAGAUUGCUACGAUUUCUAGAAUUGCAUUUUAUGAAAUUUUAUAAUAUGAUAGAUAAGAAUUUGAAAAGAUGUGUAAAAUUAGAGAUUAAUAUAAGUUUAGUGUCAAGAAAAGAAAUGUCAUUGGAAGAACUUGUGAAAUCUGUGGGUGGACACAUGGAUAUUUGUAAUGUCCUAUGACAUUUUAUUAAGUGGAUAAGAUGAAGUUGCUCUCCAAAUAUCGACAGAAUGUAGAAUAAGAACGAAAAUAUCUUAAUGAUUUCAGGAGAAUUCAUAAAUAUAAUACCUUAUCUUAAUUACAAACUGCUUAAAAUGCUUGUCUCGACUUCAUGAUCAGCUAGAAAAUACUUGAUGAGAUACCAAAUUAAGAAUAAAAUGAUGAUUCUAACUACAAGUUGAAAUUGAAUAUUCAUGAUGCAGAUUCCUAAAACUUAGACUCUAGCAAAUCUCUCUAAGAAGAGACCAAAGGCAAUCAAACCAGUCUCUAAAAAUCACCUAUUAAAACCUCUACUUCUAAAUUUCAGUUCUUCUCUAAAUAAACCGAUCAAUCACGCGAUCAACUCUAACACCCCUUAUUUCAAAGAAAAAGUAUCAAAAAGCAUUCCCUCGUCAUUGACAAUCCUAGUAAUACUAAAAAAGAGGAUGACUUGAAGACUUACAUAGAAGAACUCAUUUAAAAAUUGAGUGUUAAUUAAAAAGAAAAAGAAAGGGAAAAAUCAUUAAUACAAACUCAAAAUAAAGUUACAACCUAUAAUCCAGAUCUAGAGUUUGAAGUAAUGCAAUCCUAUAAGUAUUAUUUCCCUCAAUUUAACAUUGACAAUAUUAUCGAUAGAGUCAAUGUUACUUAUGAUAAAUUCAUGCAAAAAAACAAGAAAAAUCCAAUAAGAAUCUUUGUAAAUAGAAGAAAAUUAAAGAGGAGAAUAAUAAUUAAAGACUGA